AUGGAAAACGUUUGGCAGCCUCCUACCUGCCAGCCUGCGUGCCAGCCCAUCAUCUCUGUGCCGACCGUGCUGUCUACGCAGCCAUCGAACAGCUACAUGGAUCCGUACAUGGUGCCGUUCCCACAGGUGCCUCCGGUGAUGGCGCCGAACCCUGCCUACCCGUAUGCUCUGCCGCCACCUCCGCCACCUCCACCCCAGGCAGGCUAUACGGUCGUGCACGUCGUCCCUGUUGAGCCGCCGAACAGCUCGAGUAUGCCUCCCCCUGCUACAAAGCAUCAACUGCUCCUGGAUCCCUUCCUGCAGCCGUCGAGUGAGGGUGAGGCAUGGGCACCCAACUCGGACGAGCCUUCCCGAAAGCCGGACGAGACGUCCAGCUCAGGACAUCACCGGCCAGAGCAGUCUUCUCAUCGUGCGGGCUCUUCCCGCAAGGUGUUGGCUCCUGGCCUGGUGGGCGUCGAAAGUGGCAGCACAAGCAGUCAGGAUGCGAGUGCCGAGAACACUCUGCAGCAAGCAGAAGAGGCGCCAGAGAGGUCCAUGGACGCGCAGAAGGUGGCCAGCCUCUUCCGGGAUGACAAAACAACAGUUAUGCUGCGCAACAUCCCGAAUCGCUACACUUGCGAGGAGCUGCUGAGUGAGGUCAUUAUGGCCGGGUUCGACCGCAUGUUCGAUUUCUUCUACCUACCCAUGGACUUCAAGACCAAGCGAAACCGUGGAUAUGGCUUCAUCAACUUCCACUCCACAUCUGCAGCAAAGCAGUUUGCACUGGCCUUCCACCAUCGUCAGCUAAAGCUCUAUGCUUCGAAGAAGAUCAUGGAAGUCGCUCCGGCGGUGACGCAGGGCUAUCAGGCGAACCUGUCCAAGUACUUCGAGAAGGAUUCCGAUCGCAUCAAGAAUGACUGGUUCAGGCCUAUGCUCUUCACUCACGAGGCUUUUGAAUUAGACUGA